CACUAGAGUUUUCGCCGGAAAUCUCCGAAUCAAUAUCGAGGGUUAUUGAUUUGUUAAAAAUAGUGGGAGAUAAUUAAUUAAAGGCCUAAUUAAUUAUUAAACAUGAUAGAUAACCUAUUUUGCAAAAUUUUCUGUAGAUGGCAAACAACAACCCUUUCAACCUGCGAUAUGUUCUAGAAAAGGAAAAAUUAUCUGGAACUAACUUUCUUGAUUGGGAGAUGAAUCUUAAGAUUGUUCUCGAAUGCGAGAAAAAGCUUUACGUCCUAACAUCUGAGCCUCCCAAAGCUCCUGAAGCGAACGCCCGUGCUGCAGAAAUUACUUUGUACCGGAAGUAUGAAGAUGACGCAUGUGAUGUGAGAUGUCUCAUGCUAGCCACCAUGACCCCGGAGCUCCAAAGGCUCCACAAGGACAUGGAAGCUCAUCCUAUGAUGACUCGCUUGAAAGGUCUAUACCAAGAUGAUCGGUCAGAUCGAAACUCUAAACUGGACGCCCCGUUGCACCCUAUGCUGGCAACUGAUCUCAUCUUGGGAUCAUUACCAGCUGAGUAUAGUCAAACUGUAGUGAACUUCUACAUGAACAAACUAGAGAUGACUAUGCCUGAGCUACUGAAAUUCCUCACAACUGCUGAGGAGAGUCUAGGGAAGGGCAAGGGUAAGUCUGUCCUGAUGGUAGAGGGUAGUACUGUUGCGAAGAAGAGUGGGCCACGUUCGCCGGCCGGGACCAAGCGCAAGGGUUCUAAGAAACCCAAGCCAGCGUCCAACUCCUCUUCGUUGAAACCUAAAGAAGGAGCUAAGAAGAAGUCUGCUGUAUGCUAUUAUUGUGGCAAAAAGGGUCACUGGAGGCGCAACUGCGCAAAAUUACUGGCAGAGAGGAAAGAGGGAAAGAAACCUCAAACCUCAGGUAUAUUCGUUAUUGAAGUCAAUAUGUCUGAUAUCACCUCUUGGGUGAUGGAUACUGGAUGUGGUUCUCACAUCUGUACUUCUAUGCAAGAUCUGCAUGAACGUAGACAAUUGACGGAGGGAGAGAUACAACUAAAAGUCGGCAAUGGCGCACUCGUAAAUGCAUUAGCCAUCGGAACCUAUAGUUUAUCUCUACCGAGUGGUCUUGUAUUGCAGUUAAAUAAUUGUCUGUUUGUACCUAGUAUGAGCAGAAACAUCAUUUCUGUAUCCUGCCUUGACAAAGCAGGAUUUUCGUUCGUUGUAAAAGACAAAACUCUUUUUGUCUUUAGAAAUGAUAUAUUUUAUGCAAGUGCAAAAAUGACCAACGGUCUCUAUGUCCUCGACAUGGAUACCGCAGUAUAUAACGUUGAUGUUAAGAGAAACAAACCUAACAGUUUAAAUCUCGCGUACCUUUGGCAUUGUCGUUUGGGCCACAUUAACGAGAAACGCAUAUCUAAGUUACAUCGUUCCGGUGUACUUGAUUCAUUUGACUUCCAGUCAUAUGAU